AUGAAUAACCAUAAUAAUAACAAUAAUUUGCAUGGUGAUAACCAGCAGAUUAACAAUGCAAGAGGACUCGUAUUGCCUCCAAUGCAUCACAUGAACGGUGCUCAAUCGCCUUUAUUUGGUAAUCCGAACCAACAACAACAAAGGGUUAGUACUAAUACUGCUACCCACUCAACAACUCAUUCUCAUCUCGACAAUUCAUUGAAUGUUCAAGUACAUGAUGCUGCUACUCCUCCUGUUCCUACUCCUAUUAACACUGCUUUCUACGCUAACGCUCAAAAUACACCUUCGAUAGGUAGUCUGCUAGGUCAACCAAGAUACCCAAUGGUCCCUUCUCAUCCUUCAAAUACUACAAACGUAGUAUCCUCCUCUAUCUCACAUCAAAUGACUUCAUCAGUUCAUACCCAUGUAAAUCAGAUGGAUACUUUGGACCAAAAUAACUAUAACCACAUGAAUAUCAACAUGGACAUUAUGAAUGAUCAUCACCACCAUCAUUCAUCAAAUACUAAUGCUUCUCAUAAUAACGAUGCUACCAUUCGUGAUGCUGAUUUAGAAAGUGACGAUGAUUAUAAUGAUGAAGAUGAUGACGACGACGACGAAGAAGAAGAAGAGGAAGAAGAAGAAGUAGAAGAAUACGGUGAAGAAGCCCAUACUUCUACUACAAAAAACAAGAAAAAGAAUAACAAGAAAAAGAAAGAUGCUGCUGCUGCUUCUGCUGCUCAAGAACCACUAGAUGAAAGAGAUAAAGUUGAUCCCAAAACUGAAAUGGUUCAUGAUGGUGAACAUACAUGGGUCCCAUUCCAUCUUGUGUCUAAAUUGAAAUCAUUCACUUGGACUCAUUUCUUAGCCAUUGAUGAAAAUAUGGUCAAAUUGAAAUGUAAACAUUGUGGGUCAGUUUUGACUAAACCAACUAAUGGGAAGGAAAAAUCAUCCACUAAGAAAUUUAGAAAUCAUCUAAGAAAUAAAGAUAGAAUCGAUCCUACUGUAAGUUUUUAUGCAGAAAAGGGUGCUGCUUCUUUACCUCCUAAAGUGAGAAAACCUUAUACAAAACAUCCCCGUGAUGAUUCAAACAGAAGAAGUACACCUAAAAGGGCUAAGAAGAACGCUCAAAAGACAGCUAAUCUGACUAGACCUUCUUACAAACAAGGUGGACCAACUACAGGUGAUGAAGAAUUUAAUGAUGCUAUGGGAUCAAGUUUAUCUGAAUUUAUUCAAGGUGAAAGAAAUGAGACAGAAGCUGCUACAAACGAAUAUGUUCAUACACUUACAAUGAGAGCAUCCAAAAAUAAUCGUAAGAUCUCUAAGAUUAUCUCAACUAAUCCAUUCGAUCCUCUUAGAAUGGCUAGUGAAAGACAAUUGAAUUUCCCCACAAAUCAGUUACUAUCGAUCAUUAUAGCUUCAGAAAACUUACCAUUGAAUUUCGUCGAAAAUACGUCAGUGAAAAUGUUAUUAUCAAGAAUCCCAGGAAAUUAUAAACCUGACCAACUCUUAAUCAAACAAUCCAUAAUUAACAUUUCCAAUAUGAUUGAUCAAAUUAUUGCAAGAACUGUAGGUCGUAACAAUACAGAUUUGUCAUUAUGUUUAUCUACUCAAAAUUUGAAUAUUGAUCCAUCAUUACAAAUCGUUAGAAACGGUGGUGAAGAAGAUGAUUUAUAUGAUUCAGAAAUUCAAUCUGCCAUGUUACAAAGAUUAAGAUCGUUCUUGGACUCAAUGAGUACUGUUAAUUUCUUUUCAUUAAGUAAUUAUGUUUGGAAUAAUAACAUUUCAUUACUAUCUUUACAAUUCUUCGAUGAAGUUUCUUCAUCUAUGAAAAUCUUACCUCUAAUAACUACCAAAUCAGGGCAAACGAAUUCUGAUUUAUCCAAUAUUAGUUUAAGAACCCAAUUAAACAAAGCCUUUAGGGCUAUUCCUGGUUUACCUAGAUCUGUCCUUUCCAUUACUUUACCUAGAGAAAAAUUAUUAGAUAAUAUCCAUGUAAAUGAUCAAUCCUUUUUUCAAGAUGAAGGGUUCACAAAUCCGAAGAAUUUCUAUCAUAAUUGUAUUGUUACCAUCCUAGUGGAUGCUAUCAUACCAUUAUUUGGUACUAAGAAAACAUCAAAUCAAGAUACACCAAAUCAAAGAAGUAAUGGAUUUCAUAAUGAUCAUUUCAGUUCAUCACCAUUGGAUUCCAUAGUUGAUAUAUCGAAUGUUAAUAUUGAAUCAUCCAUUUUUGGUAAAAUUAAUCAAUUUUAUAAGGAUUUGUAUUCAAAUCCAUGGCAAUUGGAUAGAUUCAAAUCAUUAUGUCGUGAUCAUUUGAAUGAUCCAGAUAUCAAAUUGAUCCCAUUUGAUCCAUCAUUCUACUCGACAUCAGAGGAUUCAUUAAGAAGAUUUAUUCAAUUACGUCCUGUUAUCAAAGAAUUAGAUACCAACAUGAGUUCGGAAAAAUUCACAGAGAUUGAUUUCCAAAUCAUGGAAUAUAUGUUAGAAGCUUUAGAAUCUAUAAACAAAUUAAUACUUUAUUUUGCUUCAGGAUUUUCCAGUAAUUUCAAUUAUGUUUUAUUUUCAGUCUUACAUGUGGAAAAGCAUCUUUCAUCUACUUUAAAUAGUGUACAAUUUCAAAGAUUAAUUAAACCAUUCCAAGCUGUGCUUAAUAAUAUUCAAGAAAUCAAGAAAAUAUUAUUGACUGAUGAUAUGAAUCUUUUAGCUAUGUUUUUAUGUCCUGCUGUUCUUUUUGAAAGAGAAAUUUUGGAAUAUGCUUUCAAAUCAAUUUCUCUUUCUGAUAUUGUUGAAUUAGUUACAGAUAAUGUUUUCAAAUUGUUGAGAAGAUUUAUUAAUUUGGAAGCUGUGGAUUCUCCAAAUUUCUUUAAUGUACGAGAGUUAGUUGGUGAUGACGAUGAUGGGGAAGAAGAAGCUGAUGAUGAUGAUGAUACGAACGAUGGUAUUGCUCAAGCAACACGACAACAACAGCAACAGCAGCAAGAAGAGGAAGAGGAAAUCAAUAGUGAGAGAAAGGAAGAAUUGGAAAACAUUCUUGAUAAUCUACUGAAGAAAGUUAUUCAAGAUGAUUUAUAUGAAUAUUUGACUACAGUGAAUUCCAUUGUUCCCGUAUCGUACAAAUCGUAUUGUGAACAAAGUGGCUAUAUUAGAGAAAAUGGACGUUUUAAGAAGAAUUUGAAAGUUAAUGCCACUGAAGAUAAUGAACAAGAAAACGAAGCUGAAAAGAACAAAAACCAAGAUCAAGAUCAAGGUCCAGCUCAAGAUAUUCAAUCGUUAAAUUAUGUUGAAGAAUUAUUGGAUAUUCAUAUACCAGUUUGUAAUGCUUUUUGGGAUCAAUUAUUAUUAAAUGAUGCAGGUGUUAUUAUUAAAAUUUUGAUUAAGAUAAUGAGAACUCAAGCUGCAUCAUCGAUUAGAUCAGAAUAUUCAUUUUUAAAGAAUUUUGAACCAAAAGCUGGUGAAGAUCUUUAUGAACAAAUCGUUAAGAUCAAAUUAUUUAAUGAUCAAUUUGUUGCUGGUAAAGUUGAUUUCGAGAUGGAUACUUUAUCUACAGCUAGUCAAUAUACUUAA